AUUAUGAAAUGACAUCACCACAGUUUUUGCCUGGCUUUGUUUGGUGCUUCUCGUGACCACGCCUUCCCACCGGCCCCACCAUAAAGCAGCCAGGCCGUGUGUGCGUGCACCAGUUGAACUCCAGUCUUUGCGGACAACAGGUGCACUACACAGCCUCCCUCCGGCCGGUGCUGGAUAAUGCCCGCAGACCGCAGCUCGUCGCUUUGCGCAGGGCUUCCUCAUCAUCUGCACCUUGAAGAUUUGCAUGUUUUUGUAUCCUGAUCUCUUCCAACACAACACAACAAAAUGCCUUUUCCGCCCAUCAGCCUCCACCAGCGGAUCUCCUCUCCGGGCAGGGAUCUAUUCGGGAAAAAGAAAGCCAUCGGAGUGCCUCCUCACACUGAGCUCACCAGCAAACCGGGCGGAGAGAAAGGGUCCGAUAAGGAGAAGCAGUCCUCUUCCUGGACGUCGGCGAAUUUAAGGAAUUUGGGGCGAAAAACCCAACAAGAGAAGCGUAAAAGCUCAACUCAGAAGGCAGGUGCCGGUCAGGAGACCCAGGAAAAGAGCUCCUGGCUGACGAUCCCCAAACCUCAGGACUCAUCCGAGAGGAUCAGGCGCUCCAGCUCCAUGGACUCCGCCAGACACCUCAACGGUAAGGACGAAGUGAAGAAGGAGAUCCAGUUUACCCUCAGUCUCACCCCUGAAGCCAUUCUUGUCAUCCAAAAGCGUAAUCUAGAAAAGCAGAUGAUGGCAAAGCAGCAGAAGUGUUGCGCCUCCGCGGACUUUCGCCACAGACGAGUUUUUCCAUCCAAAAAGCCGCACGGAGCGACCAAGGGCUGCACUCCCGUCAACAAGGUGGAGAGCGACGAGCAGGACAUCACCACCAUCGUGAAGAUAUCUCUGUUGAACGAUCAAUACAAGUACGACGAUGUGGAGUAUGAAGAAGAGGAUGGAGACGUGGACGAGACUGUCGUAAGGAAAUGUAAAGAGUGGCUCAAAGGGGUCGAAAAUGCCUCUGCUUUGGGAAAAGUCGACAAACUUUCUGUACUCCCGCACCUUAAAGGCUGCUGACACCUGACUUUUGAUCUUUUUUUUUU